UACACAUUCCCGUAAGGAGCGUCAGAAGCGCAUAACGAAUAAUGUAUGAGAGAUCGCCUCACGAGAAUAGCAAAAUGACAGAGCCGUCGUCGUCUAAGGCCGUUGCUCUGCAAGCAAUGGACAUCGUAAUCAACGUAAUGCGCAGGAUCGAGUCCCCGCAAGAUCUGCUCUCUGCAUCUGCCGUCUGCAAAACAUGGCGAACAGCAGCAGAGGAUCCGUCGCAGUUACGUUCGUGGGUUCUUGACGACACGCCGUCAUGCUCAGCCGUGGGCGUCAAGGUCUCCGUCACUUCCCUGCUGCCCAAGACGCCUCCGCCCCGUCAAUGGAUCAACCCUGCCACAGAUUCUCCUUUCGCGUCGUUCAAGACGCCCAGAAGUAUCAUGCGUCUUAAAACGCCGUCAAAAUUUGGGGUUGUGGAAAGUGGCUUGGGGCGUCAAGAUGAGGGGGGUUCUGUAGGCGUCGGUGUCGGUGACGAUGGGGGCCCGUCGCCGAAGACGCCGUCACCCCUGCAGCAGCCCAUGGCGCAGGUUGCAAGUUUGAAGCGCGUCAUCUGCCAUAAAAUGGUAAUGGGAAGAUACUUGGGUGACAUUGAUAUCUGCUCCUCCCGCCUUACUGAUGAAUGCUUACAAAUCAUCACAAAAAGUUGUCCACGACUUCAUACAUUGAGACUGCUGCACAUUUGUGAUGCCAAACAGACAGCAGCCCCCGAUGCUCUUUUCUUUCCCAAUAGAAAAGAGGUGGUUUCUGAUAGAAAUGCAAGCCAUCUUCUAACAUCAUGCGGAUGUGGCCAUUUAUCUGAAAAAGGAUUUCUGAAUAUAAGCCAGCACUGUCCAAAUCUUAUGUCUGUUACACUUGUUCUCCAGCAUAUUCUCUUGAGAAAAGUGCUGCAAGAUAUUUUUAUGGAGCUGGGAAAACUCAUCAAACUCCAGACUCUUUCCAUUGAUCUCCGUAUGCCGUCAUUUGGACAGUCUCUGAAGUCAGAGGUCAUUUGGGAAAGUCAUCUUCGUUGCACAGAUAAAGAAGUUCUUGCACUACUCGCUGCUGGACAACCACCUUUAAAUGCAUUGGCUCUUAACCGGUGUGAUCUUACUGAACUCUCAUUAGAUGCAUUGACAAAAGCAUGCCCCAAUAUUGAGGCAAUUGAUUUGCAUAGUCAUUUUCAGAUACCCACGGAGCAUGGGCUUAAUUCGCUUGUUCCCCUGAGGUUGAAGGACUUGACCUCUCUUUCAGCUGCAGCAUUUGGUGUUAUACAUGAUCUUGAAGGCUGCGAAUUUGGGGCUUGGCAAUUUCAUUAUUUGAAGCGGUUGCGACUGGAAUCCAGAGAACCUCUUGCUAUUAAGCAUCUGGAGGAUUUGCAACAGUCUUGCCCUCAACUGGAAAGCCUUCACCUAAUUUGGCAUAGUUACAAUGGACCAAGAGAAGCACAUAUUUAUCCCUUUACUCAUGAGGGCAUAAUGGAUUAUGUUAAAUCCGUCUUUUUAUAGACGUUACAUUUCAGUAGGUCGCAAUGCUAGACUGCAAUAUAUAUUUAUACAUUGCAAAUGUUUAUAUAUUCAGGAAAGCUUCCAUUCCUGCUCCGUUGCCUUCAUAAUUUAUGUACGUAAGACCACGAUAAAAUUUCAUCUUUAUUAUUUUAUUGGCUUUUUAAGUAAACAAUUUUCUUUUCAUAAAUAAAAGGUCAUCUUGUUUCAAGUAA